ACACAUUGCAUUGUGAUUACAUGAAAGAUUUGCUGAAAUGGUCACAUGUUCAGAAACUACUACAUUUUAAUAGUAAACAGUUGCCCUUGUUUGUUUCUUUGGUUUGCUUGUUUGCUGCUUAGCAUCAGGACACCCACCCCUUGUGUGGGAAAUACACAAUUUUGUGACCCUAUGGGUUGAAACCCAAAAAGUCUGAUGCUUUUUCUCAUUCCUGGCAACCAAGGGAUAGGACCAAAUUGGGUCAAUUGAAUGCCCUUGCCCCUAACUAUGAACAGAUUAGUGUUAUGAAGAAGGAAUAAGAGAUUAGAACCAUGCUGGUAUCCUUCCAUUACCCCAUCAUUUCAGGAUCCAAGUGUUCAGUAGCCAUGGUCCCUUAGCCAGCCUGUACCUUUGGCCAUGGUACCAGCUAACUACUAUCUCUAUGUUCCCAAGUUAUCUGGUAACCAUUCAGGAAAUUAUUUUCCUACUUAAGUAUACAAAAAACAGUGUCAGUUUUCACCUGACGGAUUCAGUCACCUUUCAGAGAUGUAGGAAAACUAUUAGCAGCUGAGGGAUACUGCCAAGGCCAGUGUCUGGGCUCUGCAGUUUUCUAACUUGUUAUAUUGGGUCACCCCACUAAGCAGGAGAGCAGCGACUCCAUCUGACUUAAUCAUUAUGGGAUGGCCAGCUCCCAGCUCCAUGCCCUGGGCAAACAGACAUUCAGUGUCUGUUUAUUUGACUUUGACUUGAUUGAAGAAAACAGUAACACUGAACUCUAGGUUUGCUCAGUAUCUGUUACAGAUUUCUUGAUCCUGAUUGCUUUUAGUCUAAUUUUUUUUUUAGCAAGAAAGAACUAAGAAUGAUGACACUAGGCUUUAAAUGCAGGUAAACAGGAGGCUGAGUUUUUUGCAUAAGCAGAAAUGAGGAAGUCAAGAGGAAGAGAUUAAAUUCUGUUGUAAUAAAUUGAAUCUGCUAAAUGCCAUGGCUUUUUAAUUUUCUUAAUCACAAGUUAAACCGGUUAUAUUGCUGCCUAGAUGGCUAUAUAUUUGUUUAAAAGUACAGCAGUCCCUCCUACUGGACUUUGAUCCUGCAAAAACAACUGUUACCUAACUCACCCUCAGACUGUCACUGGAACACCUGCAUGAAGAAUAUUCUUUCAUUUUUUAAAAAAGGUUUUGCAUAUAUAUGAUUUAAGCUUUCAGAAUGAUUAGAAAACUUUUUAUUCCUCUACUUUUGUUGCUUGUGACUAUAGAAGAAGCAAGGUUAUCAUCUCUCAGUUUUCUGAACAUAGAGAAGACUGAAAUACUAUUUUUCACAAAGACUGAAGAGACCAUCAUUGUAAAUUCAAGCUACAAAGAUAGACGGCCUAAUUCCAGCUACCUCUUUGUAAAAAUAGAAGAUCCUAAAAUGCUGCAAAUGGUGAAUGUGAUCAAGAAGAUCUCAUCAGAUGGUACAAACUUUACCAUAAAUCUGGUGACUGAUGAAGAAGGAGAAACAAAUGUGACUAUUCAACUGUGGGAUUUUGAAGGUAGGCAAAAAAGACUCAUUGAAGAAAUCAAGAAUGUGAAAGUCAAAGUGCUUAAACAAAACGGCGGUCUUCUCCAGGCAUCAAUGCAUAUUGAUAGAAAUAUCCUAAUGCUUAUUUUACCACUAAUACUAUUGAAUAAGUGUGCAUUUGGUUGCAAGAUUGAAUUACAGGUGUUUCAAACAAUAUGGAAGAGACCUUUGCCAGUAAUUCUUGGGGCAGUCACACAGUUUUUUCUGAUGCCAUUUUGUGGAUUUCUUUUGUCUCAGAUUGUGGCAUUGCCUGAGGCACAAGCUUUUGGAUUUGUAAUGACCUGCACAUGCCCAGGAGGGGGUGGGGGCUAUCUCUUUGCUCUGCUUCUAGAUGGAGAUUUCACAUUGGCCAUUUUGAUGACUUGCACAUCAACAUUAUUGGCUCUGAUCACGAUGCCUGUCAAUUCUUACAUAUACAGUAAGAUAUUAGGGUUGUCAGGUACAUUUCAUAUUCCUGUUUCUAAAAUUGUGUCAACACUUCUUUUCAUACUUGUACCGGUAUCAAUUGGAAUAGUCAUCAAACGUAGAAUGCCCGAAAGAGCAAACUUCUUGGAGAGAAUAAUUAGACCUCUGAGUUUUAUUUUAAUGUUCGUAGGAAUUUAUUUGACUUUCAGAGUGGGAUUAAUAUUUUUAAAAACAGAUAACCUCAAGGUGCUUCUGUUGGGUCUCUUAGUUCCUGCUUUGGGUUUGCUGUUUGGGUACUCCUUUGCUAAAGUUUGUAUGCUGCCUCUUCCUGUUUGUAAAACCGUUGCUAUCGAAAGUGGGAUGUUAAAUAGUUUCUUAGCUCUGGCCAUUAUUCAGCUGUCUUUUCCACAGUCCAAGGCCAAUUUAGCGUCUGUGGCUCCUUUUACAGUAGCCAUGUGUUCUGGAUGUGAAAUGUUACUAAUCAUUCUAGUUUACAAGGCUAAGAAAAGAUGUAUGUUUUUCUUACAAGAUAAAAGGAAAAGAAAUACCCUAGUCUAACAAUUAAAGCAUUACUGAAUUCCUACCCUGGGUAAGGCACCAU